AUGGGACGAUUCUGCACUGUACUUCUGGGAUUGUUAAAUCGUUUCCUCGGUGCCAAACGAGCCAUCAUUGUAGGCCUUGUAUUCGAAGCUAUCCAGCUGACUUUAUAUGGCUUUGCCACUCAGGCAUCUCUGCUGUGGACUGCUGGAUUUGUGGCUGCUGUAGGCAUGGUUACCUAUCCCGCUUUGAGCGCGUUCAUUUCCAAACAUGCCGCGGCUGAUCAACAAGGAGUUGCACAGGGUCUGGUGACCGGCAUUCGUGGCCUUUGUGGUGGACUUGGACCUGCCCUGUUCGGUUUAAUUUUCUACAUAUUCCAAGUGGAUCUGCACAAUCAGAAUCCGGAAUCAGGCGCGGAAAAACCGGGUGUACAAGGUUCGGAACAUCUGCAUCGCUUACAGGAACAAUUGCUUCCUGGACCACCGUUUGCAUUUGGCGCAGUCUUGGUAUUGUUAGCCAUCUUGGUCGCCUGGUUCAUCCCCGAAAAUCCGAAAUCGACGGUGACCAAACUGAUCCCUACGGCACUGUCAAGCGACAGUAGCGGUCCCAUCGCUAGCGAGGCAUAUGAGCGCACACGGUGGAGUGCUUCCGAGAUAGAAUACAGCCAACUCCAGCCCGGUUUCGGUGGCAUGGUGGAGGAUGAACAGGACUUGUACAGCACCAACAGUCAGACCCUCUUGUUGCUUGAUCCCCAAAGUCAUUUGAAGCACUCACGUUUAUGGGACAAGAAGGAUCACGACAACGCAGCAGGCGAUCUUGGUCUGUGGGAUCGUCUUAUGUCUGGUUGGUCUGACCGCCGGCGUCGUGCACCCCCGAUUGUGUCUCGCCGCGCAGGGCGUCUCUCGCGUUAUCCACCCACAGUUUCUUUUACCAGGGCCCAUUUAGUCGAACCCAUUCGACGUCUGAUUGGCGGCUGGUCUGCAUUGGGUCGUUCCCCGNGCAUUGGGUCGUUCCCCGGAUCCAGUGACACAUCCAACUUCCACGUUGGAGGCCUAUCUCCGUCCUCUACUGUCCUCGGGCCAGCAGGAAACUCAGGACCGGUCAACCUCAUGGGACCUGAUGGGUUUCCCACCAGACAGGAUAACAUUCCUAGCUAUCUUGCACGAUUAGACGCCGAAGCUGCCGACCUGACUGAAAGCGACGUGGUCACUGCUCGUCGGUUUGACGCGGCGCAUCACAAAACUCGUGUAUUCACCUCAGGCACGGUAAACAACAAUCCCGGGUUACUGGGACCGUCUGUACAUCAAUUGGACGUGUUAAACAGUGCGCUAUUGAUGGACAGCGACAGUGGUGUCCCCGGGGAUGUUUCUUUGUCCGGAACCCCGAUCGGUGUUGAUACCGUUUCCGACACGACCGUCGAACUCAUGGAACCUCGCAACCUUCCUGUGCAUUCUCAUCGUCACCUAAACAAUUCACAUCCUCGACAACAACAACAACAACAACAAUCACAACAAUUCAGAAUGGAAGAUUCGACCUCACUGGCUGUGUUACCCGCGUGA